AUAAAUCAUUGUCAACUUUGUAGAAAGUCAACGGCAUGAGUCCAUUCUGAUCUUUUCAUCAAUUUCCAAUCUCACUCUUUCUCAAGCUCACCAAGUCACUUCUAAGAGCAGGGUUUACGGAAUAACAAAAAAAAAUUGACCCUUGUGCUAUACCCUCAGCAUUCCUCUCUACCCCUCCAUGACCCUUACUUAAACGCAGCAUAUCAAAAUCCAUUUCUAAGCCGUACGGUAUGGCCGGAUCUGAAGAUGGCCACCACAUCGAAAUCGUCCCAGAUGACAGUGCAUGGGCUGGAGUAGAGGAUAAUGCUGAAGAUCCUGAAGAGGUUCGAGUUAUAUUCAGCGCCUUGGAUUCAUUCUUCCAAUACGCAAAAGUAUCCCACUUCAACGUCACACACCUUCGUCGUCAAGCCUUCUAUGCUCUUCCUCAAGAACAAUGGAAACUCUUAGCUGCCCCGCCGUUCAACUUCCUAGACACUCUGGAGAAGACUGAUGAUGCAAUUGAUGAGAAUGCUGAGCUGGCUCGAACCAUUGCCCGUAUUGGCCUCCAGUCAUUUCGAAUGAUGACGACAGAUCCUGAAGACCCUGAACCCAAGAUGCCUCAGGAAUGGGCCGGCGUCGCCAAGCACUCUGAUGUUGACAAGGCGAGGAGUACUAUUCGCCAGUUCUAUAGAGACUGGACUGAGGCGGGGGCUGUGGAGAGAGAAGCUAGCUAUGGCCCCAUCAUGAAAGCACUUGCGGCAGAAAAGGAGAGAUAUCCGGAUAGAUCCCCUCUCAGCGUAUUGAUACCAGGCGCAGGUCUAGGAAGAUUGGUAUUCGAUCUGGUCGCGAAUGGAUACACAGCUGAAGGCAACGAGAUCUCCUAUCAUCAACUCCUCGCCUCAUCAUACAUUCUUAACUAUUGUCCUGCGGCCGAACAACAUACUAUUUACCCCUGGGUCCAUAGUUUCUCCAACCACCUCACCCGAGCGAACCACCUUAGAAGCUAUAGCGUCCCGGACAUCCAUCCUGCCUCCGUUCUAGCCGCCGCGCCCAAUCCUGGAGAAAUGUCCAUGUGCGCCGCCGACUUUCUCUGCCUCUAUUCUAAUGAAGACCAUGAAGCACAGUAUGAUGCUGUGGCAAGUGUCUUCUUCCUCGACACAGCACCCAAUCUGAUCCGGUACCUGGAGGUCAUACGGCACUGUCUUCGGCCUGGGGGUGUUCUCAUCAACGUGGGGCCACUACUAUGGCAUUUCGAGAACAAUGCGCCGGGUACUCAUGGACAAGAUGGUGAAGCAGAGCAUGACCCGAAGAGUUCAUCGGGCAUCGCUGAUCCAGGAAGUUUCGAGCUGGCCGACGAUGAAGUCGUUGCACUGUUAGAGAAGAUGGGAUUUGUUGUUGAGUGGCACAAGACUGGUGUUCAUGCACCGUAUAUUCAUGAUCCUGAUAGUCUUUUGCAGUCAACGUAUAGAGCAAGUACUUGGAUGGCUCGAAAGCCAUUAGAGCAGGGGAGUUCAUGAUGAUCAACCAAUAAUAUCGAGGCUGGUGUACAGAUAAAAUAAAUAAAUAGACAUCAAGAGGUAUUUGCCUUCUGCUUAGGUCCCCAUAAAUGAAGGGACAUUCUCU